AUGGCCACGAGGAAUGUUGAGUCUGGGUUGGAUGUGCUCCCUCCAUCGGGGCCAGUGUACAAGGUCUACAAGCGUCGAUUCUGGGGGUUGACACAGCUGGUGCUGUUGAACAUCGUCGUCAGUUGGGACUGGCUCACCUUCUCGUCGAUAUCUACCACCGCCGCGGAGCACUUCAAUGUAUCCGAAAGCGCCAUCAACUGGAUGAGCACCGGCUAUCUCUUCGCCUUCUGCGUCGCCAGUCCCAUUGUCAUCCUCACCCUCAACAAGGGCGGCCCCAAGCCCGCCAUCAUCGUCACCUCCUCUUUGCUGCUGGCCGGCAACUGGAUCCGAUAUGCCGGCACGCGAGCACGCGGCGGAAUCUUCGGGGUGGCCAUGUUCGGGCAGAUCCUGAUCGGGUUGGCGCAACCGUUCUGUCUCAGCGCACCGACACGAUACAGCGACCUCUGGUUCUCGGACCAGGGCCGCACGAGCGCGACAGCGGUGGCGACGCUGGCCAACCCGCUGGGCGCGGCGCUGGGCCAACUCAUCGACUCGUUCUGGGCGACGGAGCCGGACGACGUCCCCAACAUGGUGCUAUACAUCUCGAUCAUCGCAACAAUCGCAGCUCUCCCUUCAUUCAUCCUCCCCUCCCACCCCCCAACCCCACCGAGCGCCUCCUCCGCCAGCCAUCACCACCACAACAACACUACCACCACCACCACCACCACCACGCCAACACCAACGACCCCGCUCCUCCCAACAGUCACGCAACUCCUCCGCACCCUCGAAUUCUACCUAAUCCUAAUCCCCUUCUCAAUCUACGUAGGCUUCUUCAACAGCGUCUCCUCCCUCCUGAACCAAAUCCUCUCGCCCUACGGCGCCAGCGAAACCGAAGCGGGGAUCGCAGGCGGGAUCCUGAUCGUGGUAGGGCUGGUAGUAUCAGCGGUGAUCGCGCCGCUGACAGACCGGUACAAGCAGUACCUAACGACGAUCCGGAUCCUGGUGCCCAUCGUGGCGGCGUCCUACAUCGGCUUGAUCUUCGCACCAGCCAGCGGGCUGGGCAUCGGGCCGACGUACGCCGUGUGCGCGCUGCUGGGCGCGUCGUCGUUCGGCUUGCUGCCCGUCGUGCUGGAGUUCCUGGUUGAGAUCACGUAUCCGUUCUCCCCCGAGAUCGGCAGCACCCUCUGCUGGACGGGCGGGCAGCUGCUCGGCGCCGUGUUUAUUCUCGUGCAGGACGCGCUGAAGGCGAGCGAUGACGACGGUGGCGGCGGCGCGACUCCGCCGGGCAAUAUGCGGCGGUCGUUGGUCUUCUCAGCUGUUGUGGCUGCGGUUGCUGCGCCGUUGCCGUUGUGUAUUGGGUUGUUUGGGAGGGAUGUGCGUCGCAGGCGGUUGGAUGUGGAUCGUGGGGUGGAUUUGGGGGAGGCGGUUGGUGAGGAUGAGGAGGAGGAGGAAGGUCGUCGUGAGGACGGAUCGGGGAGUCCGGGCGACGAGGAGAAAGGGAAGUCCUGGCUGAAGUGGUCGGUCUCCUCGAGGCAGUAG